AUGGAUCAUGAACAUGGAAUGGGGGCUACUGAAGGCUCUUGCAGCAAUAAAUAUGAACAAGAAAUGGCUCAACUUCGAGCGGUGGUGAAUAGACAGGCUGAACAAAUUGAGAAGUUGUUAGCAAAACAACGACAAAGGCAAGCACCAACACCACCUACUGAAACUCCAACACCUCCACAAGCUCCACCUCCACUAGCUCCACCUGCAGUGCACCCCAUGGAACCAUUAUAUGAACGGUUCCGAAAACAACGCCCACCAGUAUUUGAAGGUAGCACUGACCCACUUGACGCACAAGACUGGAAGAGUUCUUUAGAAGACAUCUUUGAGUUCAUGCAACUAAGUGACAGGGAAAAAGUUUCUUGUGCUGCACAUACACUUAAAAAGGAUGCUAAGAUCUGGUGGGAAGUGGUUAAGCAGACUAGAGAAGUGAAUCAGAUGACUUGGGCAGAAUUUGAACUGGUCUUCAAUGAGAAGUUUUAUAAUGAAGCUGUGUUGACUGCCAAAGUAAGUGAGUUCACUAGAUUGCAACAGGGGAAUCUAUCAGUGGCUGAGUACGCCAGGACAUUUGACCGGUUAGCCAAGUUUGCACCAGACUUGGUUAACACUGAAACUAGUAGAGUGAAUCGCUUCCUGGAGGGUCUACAACCAGAAUUGGCUAGAGAUGUAGAUAUGGGACCUAAAGCUGCUACUAGCAUGCCUCGUAGAGACACUCCAUUCAACAAAGAACAAAGCCGCUUUCACAAUGACAACAAAAGAGGGGCCCAGAAUUUCCAAUUUAGACAAGGACAGAAUAAGAAAUUUAAAGGAGGUCAGCAAAAUAGGCAACCUGGAUUCCAACAAAUGCCACGAUGUCAAACUUGUGGAAAGAAUCAUUUCGGGGAGUGCAGGCUUCUAACUAAGAGCUGCUUCAAAUGUGGCAAGGGGGAUAAUUUUAUCAAAGAUUGUCCAUUGAUGAAGAACCAACAAAUGAAGGAUGAACCUCAGAGGACAAAUGCUAGGGUGUUCACGAUUACUCAGGCUGAUGCUGAUACCAACAACUCUGUUGUGUCAGGUGAUAUUUUUGCAUCUGGUAUUCUCACUCAUGCAUUAAUAGAUUCAGGUGCCACGCAUUCAUUUGCAUCAUUGACAUAUGUAAAAAGGUUGGGUAGAUCGUGUGAAAAAUUGUCAGAAGUUUUUAGUACAAUGUUACCAUCUGGAGAGAUUCUGUAUUCUACUCAUUGGUUGAGGGGGGUUCCUAUUUGCAUUGAUGGUAGGGAAUUAUAUGCUGAUCUAAUAAUGUUAGAGAUGGCCGAUUAUGAGGCCAGGCGACUGUUGGAAAGUGGAUGUGUGGGUUAUCUCGCCAGUGUGGUUGACACGUAUAAGGAGCAAAAGUUAAAACCGGAAGAUGUACCGGGUGUUUAA